AUGACCCUUCCAGUAGACGCAUUCGCCAUUGGAGUUGGCGCAACUCUUGGUGCGCUUUCCAGACAUCAUGCGGGACGAGUUACCGCCGAGUGGAUUGGAACCGAGCCGAAUCGUCUUGGACAGUUUGCUGGAUGGCACACUGCUGGCAUAAACAUUGUUGGAUCUUUCUUAUUGGGAGGCAUCGCAGCGAUUCCUGUAGUUCCCGAGCUGCCAGCGUCCAAUCAUACUACAUCGCCAUCAAUGCAAUUCGAAGGAUUAUUAACACCAAGAACAAGGUUGUUCUUUGGCGUUGGUUUCUGUGGGUCUUUCACAACAUUUUCGACUUACAGCGUUGACGUUGUAACUUGGUUGGCUGAAGGAAAAACUAUGCGGGCAAUGUCGUACAUGGCUGCCAAUAAUGUCGGGGGGAUUGCGGCUGCUGCUUGUGGCAUGUCUCUUGCGAAAAAGAUUUUCCGAUGA